AUGAAAAGAUUUAAUAUAACUUAUUUAGAAAUAUUUAAGAACGGGAAGUCGUUGUCAGCAUAUUUUGAUACGUCGCUAGGUGAUAGUAGCAGUGGAGAUUCAAACGUAAAUUACGGUUCUACUGGGAAUAGUACGAACAAUACUGCUAAACCAGAAGUAUUUCAUAAACUGAUACAAGAUUUGGUGUUACCAAAAGUUGUAUCCUUAGAAGGUAAUAAGGUCACUAAAGUAUCCUCCACUUUAAUUGAUGAUUACGAUUGUUUUUAUUCUACAGCAUUAGACACAAAUGAAAUAUAUGUGUGUUUUACAAAAGUAGAUACUCCAAAGAUUUUACCUCUACGGAUACUGAGUGAUUUGAAGCAAGAAGAAUAUAGAAAAAAUGAUUCCAAUAUUGAACUUCGAGUACAUAUAGGUGAAAUUUUAGAUAAAUUUCAUGAGGAACUUCUAACGUUCAAGAAACAGAAUUUGGCCAAUGACGGUAGUGGUGCUGAUAUUGGUGAUCAAGCAGAAGCUGAUAUUCAGGAUGUCAUCCAAGUGAUGAAUGAUAAUAUUGAUAAAUUUUUACAGAGACAAGAAAGAGUUUCGUUAUUAGUUGAUAAAACCUCUAAAUUGAAUAAUAAUAGUACUGGAUUUAAAAGGAAAUCAGCUAGGAUAAAUGAUAGAUUAUGGUGGCAAAGAAUGAAAAAUACGACAUUAUUGAUAUUUUCCAUAAUUUUAAUUGUAAGUGCAUUGUUCAUAUUUUAUUAUGUUCUCUGA